UCCCGGAAAAUUUCAUUCAUCGAUUAUCGUUUUACGACUGUGAAAUUGAUAAACAUUACAUUUAUAUCAACAAUAAUUUAACAUUCCAAUGAAGAAAAUGUUCAAUUAUUUUCUCCAAAUAAUUAGUUCGAAGGAUUUCAAAUGAAUAACUAGUUUUCUCAAAUUUAAAUUGCGUAAGUGUGGUGAAACUCUGCGAGCACAAUUAAUAAAUACUUCAAAUGAAUCAAAACAGAAAUGAAAUGGGUUCCAGUGCUCUCGAAGCGAACUAUGUUUAUAUAUUUCAUAUUAUUAUUUCUAUUAUAUUCAUUAUAUGCACUGAAUACCUGUUUAGUUGACGAAACGAGGUUUUCUCUAAAAUAUGUAUAUUUAAAAAAUCACAUAUCAAAAUACAAGAGUGCUACUUUUCGUUUGGCUUCCCUCCUUGGGUUUAACUUAGAAGAGGACAAGUAUAUGAGACUGAAACGUAACUCUGUGUCAGUUAAGAGAUUACCGGACGCACUCAUCAUUGGCGUUAAAAAAUGUGGAACUAGAGCACUGUUGGAAUUUUUAAGACUUCAUCCUGAUGUUAGAGCUGCAGGUUCAGAAGUGCAUUUCUUUGAUAAAUUUUACCAUAAAGGCUUUGAAUGGUAUAGGGAGAGAAUGCCACCUACAUUGGAGGGUCAGAUCACUAUGGAAAAAACCCCAUCAUACUGGGUGACUCGAUCUGCACCAAGAAGAGUUUAUGCUAUGAACCCUUCCGUGAAGUUGUUAGCUGUUGUCCGUGAUCCUGUCACGCGUGCCAUAAGUGACUAUACGCAGUCUGCAAGUAAAAGACCUUCUUUGCCGCGUUUCGAGGAGUUGGUACUGAUUAACAGAUCGGCGGGGUGGGACGGCAAGACUGCUGUGGACGCACUCUGGGCGCCGGUGAGGCUUGGGGUGUAUGCGAGGCCAUUGAGGAGAUGGUUACGUCGGUUCCGUCGUCGAAGUCUGCUGCUGAUCAAUGGGGAACAACUUAUCAGUGAUCCCGCAGCCGAAAUGGCUAAAGUUCAGGAGUUCCUUGGUCUUAAAAAGGUGAUAACGGAAAAGCACUUCUACUUUAACUCGACAAAAGGUUUUCCAUGCCUUCUGAAAUCGGAAAGCAGAUCUACUCCACACUGCCUGGGGAAAACAAAAGGCAGGAGUCACCCACAUAUAGACCCAAAAACUAUAGAACAGUUGAGAGAUUUCUAUAGGCCCUACAAUGAAAAGUUCUACCAACUGGCAGGGAUUAACUUUGGUUGGCCUUGAUAUAUGUCUGUAUGGUAAUGUAUUUGUUACACACAAAUUAAUUUAAGCGAAACACUAUUGUUAUUAAAUAUUUAUUUAUUUUAAAAUUAUUUAUUAAUAUGUUAUUUAUUGCAUCCAAAAUAUAAGAGAAAAUGUUGGACUUUAGUUGAAUGUAAAUCCUGAAAAAUAGAGCCAUAAUUGCAUAAUAAUUUUUAGCUUUAAAUUGUCAGGAUUAAUUUUAUUAAGAAUCAUCGGGUCGAUUACAAUAUAAGUACAAAGUUACCAAUGUUUUAUAAGUUAAGACAUGAUUUUAAUUAAUGGAUCUCUAUUGCUUUAUAAUUAUGCUACUACUUAUAUAUAUUUACCUACUUACUAUAUCUUCCACAUAAUCACUUAAAUUAAUAUUUAAAUUAUAGUUUGCAAACACACUAUAGUGUAGACGCUUUCCUGUUCCUAAUUUAAAUAAAAACGUUCCUACUUGUUCCAUAUAUUAUCAUGCUUCAUAAUUUAUACGAUUGUGAAGUUUCGUUGAGUAAAGUAUGGGGUUUAUUCAAUAAAAAGAUUAUGGUCAUUUCGGUCUAAAAAGAUGUCCCUGAUAUUCUGGUUUAUACUUAAAAGUUUUAUGAUACGAGUGAAGUAAAAUCUGAAGCAUAUUCAGAAAUAAUCUUUUCAAAAUUUGUGUUUAAUUUUUACAUCAAUAUGAGAAUCAUUUAAUUGGUCUAAAGAUGUUGAUAUUAUAAUAUAACCAAUGGCGACGGGUUAAGUUUUCCGAAAGGGAAUCCGACACAACAUAUAGGUACAUUAUAUUUAACAC